CUCCCGUUUGCGUCCUACCGGUUCUGCCAGUGCGCGAGCUCCGUGCAGGAAACUGAAUUGUAGGUGAUGAUGGCGGAAGGAGAGCAGCGUUGAGUUGUCUAUUAGUUUUUAUUCUAACUGUAGAAACCUCUGCUACAUCGUUUCUCUCCUCCUAAUCAUCUCCCGAGACGAUGGGAAAUGAAGGCAGCAUCGAGGGAGAGGGCCAGCCGGGACAGCCCGGCUCCACUGUUCCUUCUGCGAGUGCUCCAUCUUCCAUUUCAGCACCAGCGGGCUCUGGACAGCUCAUCAAGCCCAGCAAUGGUGCGCCAACAGGAGGUACAGGGACCGGACCCGGCCCGGGGAUUAACAGCGUCUCUGGAAGACCCCCCCAGCCAGACCCAGGGUCCAGCCCCAAGGCGGGGGUCCAGACUGGGCCUGGUACAGGGGACCGCCUGGCAUCCCAGGGGGAGCAGCAGGGCCAGGGCCACGCCGCCCGUAAGAACCUCCAGGUGGACGUGGGUAGUAGCAGGAUGGGACGUUCCCCGUCGGUGUCCCCCGCCAUCACCCCCACCUCCCCCUACUCUGUGCCCCAGAUUGCCCCCAUGCCCAGCAGCAAGCUGUGCCCUGUCUGUAAGACAGCUGACCUGACAGGCACCACGGAGGACAACCAGCCAAACUGCAGCACCUGCACCCAGUGCCGAUCCAUGGUGUGCAACCAGUGUGGCUUCAACCCCAACCCGCACCUCACCGAGGUCCAGGAGUGGCUGUGUCUGAACUGCCAGAUGCAGAGAGCUUUGGGAAUGGACAUGGAGACACCUCGCUCCAAGAGCCAGCAGCAGAUCCACUCUCCGUCCCACCAAGCCAAACUAGAGCCCAUCUCUGAACCUCAAACUCAGCCCCCACCCCAGCCCCAGGUCCAACCCCAGCCCCAGGCCCAACCUCAGCCACAGGUCCAACCCCAGCCCCAGGUCCAACCCCAGCCCCAGGCCCAACCUCAGCCACAGGUCCAACCCCAGCCCCAGGUCCAACCUCAGCCCCAGUCCCAAGACACACCUCAGGCACAGCCUCUAACCCUGCACCAGGCUCCGACACAAGCCCAGCCCCCACCAGGCCCUAACAGACAGACUGGUCCAGGCCCUGGCCAGACCCCUCAACAGCAGAGAGGUCCAGUGGGUCCAGUUCCAGUCCAGGGUCAGGGUGGGGCUCGUCUCCCCCCAGGAGCCAUCCCUCUCCCAGGCAUGGCCAAAGCCCCGUCCCAGCCUGACCUCCGUGGCUCUCCCGCCCACCAGCCCCUGCCCCUCCGCCAGGACCACACCCGCAGCGCAGGGAGCUCCCCAUCCCGCCAGCCCCCGCCCCCGGCCGCCGCUCCUGAGCAGACCUUUGGAAAGCUGUUUGGAGGCUUUGGUGGCUUCGGUGCGUCCCUCCUCAACCAGGCCAGCACCCUCAUAUCAGUGGACCCGGUACCCACCCCGCCCCAGCAGCAGCAACAUCCCCCCAAACCUGCCCCUAAACCAGCUGGACCCCAAGAACCUGCAGCUGGGGCAGGGAAACCACCAGGACCCCAUCCAGGCCAACAGGGCCCCCAUGCACCCCAACGGGGACCCCAUGCACUCCAACAGGGACCCCAUGCACCCCAACAGGGAACCCAUGUACUCCAACAGGGACCCCAUGCACCCCAACAGGGCACCCAUGCACCCCAACAGGGACCCCAUGCACCACAACAGGGCCUCCAUGCAUCCCAACAGGGACCCCAUGCACCCCAACAGGGACCCCAUGCACCUCCCCAGCAGCAGCAACAGCAGCAGGAUAAAGGUGCCUGCUGUCCCCUGUGUAAGACAAGUCUGAAUGUGGGCGUGACUGCCCAACCACCCAACUACAACACCUGUACCCAGUGCCAUGCCCAGGUCUGCAACCUGUGUGGAUUCAACCCUGCACCGCACCUGGAGAAUAAAGAAUGGCUCUGCCUGAACUGCCAGACCCAGAGAGCUUUGUCUGGGGCCCUGGGAGAUGCUCCACUUCCUGUUCCUCAGCCAAUGGGAUCCCCACGGCACUCAGCUCCAGCCAAUCAACAACAGCCUCAGCAGAGAGGGCCCAAUCAGCAGGCAGGGCUAUGGCCCACUGAUCCUCAACAGCAACAAAAACCACUGGGUGCCCAAGUAAGUGGCCCUCCUUUCUCCCCUGCCAAACAGAGCAAGGGGCCUGCCCAACCCUCCCCUGCCAAGGUACAACCCUUCCCAGGUAAGAGUGCACACUCCCCUGCCAAGGGUGCACCCUCCCCCACUAAAACAGCAUCCACCCCUGCUAAGGGCACACCCUCCGCUGCCAAAAAGAUAGGACCCACUGCCCAGAGUAAGGGUACUACCCAGCCCUCCCCAGCCAAGGGUGGACUGUCCUCUGCUAAAACAGCAUACACCCCUAACAAGUGCACACCCUCCCCUGCCAAACAGACAGGACUCACUGCCCAGAGCAAGGGUUCUGCCCAGCCCUCCCCUGUUAAAUUUGCAUCCACCCCUACUAAGGGUGCACCCUCUCCUACUAAGAGUGCACCAUCUCAACCUAAACCCAACAAGCAGGCCGGUAAACAGCAGCAGGGCCAGGAUAAAACUAAAGUCAUCCCCAAAGCUCAUAAGGAAAAUGAAGCCAAAGCCUCGCCCAAGAAGGGAGCACCUGAAGCCAUCACCACAUCACAUGAUGAAAAGAAGAAACUCGUUGAAGAUUCACAGAAGUCAAAACACCAUGACGAUUCCAACAAGUCCAGCACGCAGAGCCUCAGUGACACGGGAUACUCCUCAGAUGGGAUCUCCGGCUCCGUGGGCGAGAUCACAGGCCAUAUCCGUGAGGAUCCGGGGUUAAAGCUGAAUGAACGUAGCCUCUCCAGCCCCUCUGAGAUCACUAAGCUAGAGAGCUCCAUGCGGCCACUGCUAGAGCCCAGGUCCAAGACCGCUACAGACCAGGGCGGGGAGAACAACUCUGACGGGGAGGUGUCGGACGAUCUCAGCUCCAAGCUGCGCCACGACUAUGUGGAGGACAGCAGCGAGAGUGGUCUGUCCCCCUUACCGCCCAGGCAGAAGAAGUCCCAUAAAGAAAUGACAGAUGAGGAGUUCAUGAGGAGGAAGAUCAUGGAAAUGAGCGCUGACGAGGACGAGAUGGAGGAGGAGGAAGGGUACAGCUACCAGAAAACGAAAAACAAAAAGGAUUUGGGGAAGGAGAAACGACGCAGCCUCACCCACCAUUCCAGUAGUUUUGAGGAGGACACCAAGGGGGUAGAUGACGAAGAAGAUGAAGGUAUGAUGGCUUCCCAAGGAGGCCUGCGGCGGUUUAAGACCAUUGAGCUGAACAACUCAGAGCAUGACCUCAGAGAGCCAGAGCUGGAGAUGGAGAGUCUGACUGGAUCACCAGAGGAGCGGUCGAGGGGGGAGUAUUCAUCCACCCUUCCUGCCACAACUCCCAGUUACACAUCUGGCACGUCCCCUACCUCCUUGUCCUCCAUGGAGGAUGACAGUGACAGCAGCCCCAGCCGCAGGCAGAGACUGGAGGAAGCCAAGCAGCAGAGGAAGGCUCGCCACCGCUCCCACGGCCCACUCCUGCCCACCAUCGAGGACUCAUCAGAGGAAGAUGAGCUGAGAGAAGAAGAGGAGCUUCUGAGAGAGCAGGAGAAGAUGAGAGAUCUGGACCUGCAGAGGAUCCGAAGUACAGCCAGGAAAACCAAGAGGGACAAAGAGGAGCUAAGGGCCCAGAGACGUAGAGAGAGAUCCAAGACUCCCCCCAGCAACCUCUCGCCCAUCGAGGAUGCCUCCCCGACAGAGGAGUUGAGACAGGCAGCGGAGAUGGAGGAGCUCCACAGAUCCUCCUGCUCAGAGUAUUCCCCUUCCAUGGACUCAGAGGCAGAGAGCUUUGAAAUGAUGAGCUCCAAGCUCUACAAGUCAGGAAGCCACCACAACCUACCCACCUUCAUGUCUCUCUACUCCCCCACUGAAAAACAUACUGCCACUUCACCGUUGGACAAGACACUGAAAAGUGCAGAGGAGGUGUAUGAAGAAAUGAUGAGGAAAGCAGAGAUGCUGCAGCAGAGACAGCCAGGAAGACCAGGCCAACAACAAGGAAGUCCGCAAAGGCAACCGGCUGGAGCACCUCAGCCUAGCAGCAAACAACAUCUAGGCACUGGAGCACCUCUAACCCCUGGCUCCAGCCCCACACAAAUCUCUGCACCUGUUUCCUUCUCCCCAAACGACCCACAUGGGGCUGGAAAAGGGGUCCCACCAGGAAUCAGUGUGACACAUCUAUCGAAAGAAACCCAAGACCGGAUGAGGACGCAGACUGCCAAAAUAGGGGGUGUUAUCCCCCCAGUGGCUGGAAGACCAGGUCCUCAGGGACCAGCACAGGGGGCGCCUCCUCCUGACUCUGGAGCGCCCUCCAUUGCAUCCUCCCUCUUCUCCUAUUUCAAAGGCCCCAGUCCUCCUGUUUCCCCUUCCCCCUCUCCCUCACAGAGUCCCACUCAUUCCCUGUCCCUACGACCUACAGGGUCUGGGGUGUCCCCACAAGAUUCUCAGCCUGGCGCUGGUGGCGCAACCUCCCCAGUACCACCGCAACAACAUGGAGCCCAGAUGCCUCGAAGAACAGCAUCGCCAUGCCUUGCAAGACAAGAGUCCUCCUCCGACUCACCAGUAAUGGGGAUAACGCUGGGCUCUAAGACCACCACCAGUCCUGCCAGGCCUCUGACUGUAAACUCCUCCACUUCUCCCCUGUCCUCGCCAACACAGGCUAUCCGUCAACCCAUGUAUCAGCAAUAUAUUCCUUCAACAAGCUAUCCAACGUCCCCACAAAUGCAUCUAUCGCAACAAUCCCCUCAACAUGGUUUACAGAGGCCCCAAAAUGCAGAUAGGGUUAAUAUUGGUAUAAGCAUGACAAUGACAACCAUAGCUACCACAUACAGUCGUGGGUCAGUAUCAAUGGAAAAUAUCUCCCUAUGUAGGAUCUCCAAUGUCCCAGGUACCUCUAGGGUCGUAGAGCAGGGCCAAAUGCAAAUGCGUCCGACUAGACCUGCAUCAGUAGUGGACCUGAGAGCACCAAUGAAGGCCGCCCCAAUCAUCAUGACAGACCAAGGCAUGGAUCUAACAUCUCUGGCAACUGAUACAAGAAGGUAUUCCCUCGAUGCUGAACAACCCCACAACCAUCACAAAUCGGUGCAGCCACUGAAUGCUGCCGUGAACCUGAAUGCACAAGAGCAGCCGCACGUUUCGGCGUCCACUCCAACAACAGUCAGCGUCACCGUGGCAGCCUCCAUGUUUAUAUCUCAGCCGAAGGGGCAUGCAGUGAUUUACGGAGAUCCCCUGCAGAACCGUAUGGAUCUGGGGCAAGGCGUUGGGUCAGCAAUGUGUCUUACACAAACUAAGCCACCCAUUACUGACCCGUCCAUUCCUAAGAUUGAUGCGUGUCUGGAGGAUCUGGGCAUCCAGCAGCAGCAGCUCCAGAUGCAGCAGCAGAAGCUCCUACAGCAACAACAGCUCCUCGAGCAGCAGCUCCAGCAGCACCAGCAGUCUUCCUUUGCUCGCUAUAACCUAGCGAACCAGGUCCAGCCUCUGUUGCUGAAGAAAGACCUGGUGGUUAGCCAGACGAGCAUUGGCAGUGCCCAGCCUGUGGUCAGUGUGAUUCCUAGAGUAUCUCCCAUGCCGCCCCAGCCAGCGUCUAUAGUUCUACCUCCCUCUAACAAUCAUCAUGACUAUGGUCAGAGUGGGCUUGCCUUGGAGUUGAAGAACAAGCCCACAGUUAUGAACCUGUCUACUGGAAAGCCCCAUGUCAUGAUGGUCCAACUGGAAGAUAGCAAUGCGUCUCAGAUGACCACUGUGACUCAGCUGGUCAAAGACCCUCCUCCUCCCCAGGUCCUGGACCUCACUGGUGGACAGAUACAGAAACCAGAGAACCAAGUGGCUUGUUGUGACGUUGUUUACAAGCUACCCUUUGCUGGUAGCUGUGCAGGUAACUUAACUCAGAAAAAUUCUACCACUGAAUCUUCCCAAGUCACUCUUCCACCCCCUGCCCCACACUACAGUGUAGGCCAGCAGAAACAACAACAACAGCCACAACAACAACAACCACCACCACCUGGUAAUAAUGGCUACCAGGCAGCAAGCAUGCAAGGAGCACCAGAGGAGCGUAAACCGAUGCAGGGAGUCCCUCUAUACCCUAUACCCCUUGGAGGCAGGCUUCAACCUUCCAUGUCUGACACCAACCUGUCUAAUACAGGUCUUCAGUACUAUCAGAGGACUGACCCUGGGGACCUGGCAGUGGAUCUGAGCACCAUGAAUCAGGUCUACGAAGGAGGAUAUCUUGGCGUGGGUGCACAAUACGGAUCCUACACAGACUUAAGUCAUCAAGGAGAUGUUGCAGGUCCUCCCUUGCCCCUACGAAGGUACGGCUCCAUGUCCAACAUCAACCAAGACUAUGGCUAUGGUCAGGCAGGUUUCCCGGACGCCAACCUGGCACAGUAUAGUGCCACCACUGCCAGGGAGAUCAGCCGAAUGUGUGCAGCUCUGAACUCUAUGGACCAGUUCGGUCAACGGUACAGCAACCCUGAGAUGAUGCAGUAUGGUUCUGGAAGUGGCGCAGGGCCUGCAGCCAGGCUCAACCUACAGCAAAGCUUAGCAUCAAUCCGAGCCAACCUACUCUAUGGCCCUGAUGGGAGGCCCACUGCACACGGCCAAGCCCUAACCAAUCUGAUCAAUGCCAGACAAGCAAAUAUACAGGCUUUAUAUCCAUCUGCAAUGAGAGGAGCUGACGGUAUGACAUAUUCCACCAUCAACACCCCAAUAGCCUCUACUUUGCCAAUAACCACCCAGCCCUCCUCUGUUCUGCAACCUAUGCCACAAGGAAUAUACCGACCUUACCCUGCAGGUGUGACCGCUGUACCACUGGCGAGCCUCACCAGGUUGCCUCAUAUGACCCCAAAGAUGCCUCUGUCCACACAGGGACAUUACGGUUACCCUCCUCCCAACCAGUUCCCUACAACGGCUGGUGUUCCUGGAAGUGUACCUGCCACGAGCACCUCCACCCAAGACGCUCCUGUCUACCUUGGGAAGCCUUCUGCAGCCAUCUCUGUGCACAUGGCUGCAACCUUACCACUGGCCCAGCCAAUUUCUCAUAUGGGUGGACAAACUACUGCAAUGCCAAUUCAGUCUGCAGUAGUCCCUGCAAACCAACAGACCCCCCAAACUCAAAUCCAAGCGCAGAAUGUUACGACACACCCUCAUACUCAAACUCAAAUGCAAGUCCAAAUGCAGCAACAAAUACAGUCUCAAAUACAGCAACAAAUACAGUCCCAAAUACAGCAACAAAUGCAAUCUCAAAUGCAACAACAAAUAGCAACUCAAACUCAAGCUUCAUUUCUGACUCAAACCCAGUCCCAGCCUAUAACUCAGCCUGCUCCACAGGCUCUAGUGCAGCCCCAUCUGCAGACCAUUCGCCAGAUUGCUUCUACUGCAGCAGCCAGCACCACCAUCACCACUUCGGUCGACCCAGAGCUGGAAAAGGUAGAGGAGCGUUUGAGACAGCAACAGGAGCAGAUGCUGCAGAUGGAGCGAGAGCGUGUGGAGCUGGAGAAACUUCGGCAGAUGCGCCUGCAUGAGGAACUAGAGCGAGACCGCAUGGAGCUCCAGAGGCACAGGGAGAAAGAACAAAUGCUGGUGCAGCGUGAGAUUCAGGAGCUGCAGACCAUCAAACAGCAUGUCCUGCAUCAGCAACAAUCAGAGAGGGAGAGCCAGCUGGUCAUGCAGAGGGAACAGCUAUCCCAGCAGAGGAUGCAACUGGACCAGAUCCAGUCGCUACAGCAGCAGCUCCAGCAGCAGUUGGAGGAGCAGAAGAGGCAGAAGACUGCAGUGGUGGAGGCAUCAGCUGCAGCCGCAGCAGCCGCUGCAUCUGCAGCAGCAUCUGCUGCAGCCACUUCCACUCAAGGUGCCAUACAAGGGGUAGUAGGAGGAGGAGGAGGAACUCCUCAAGGUUUCAUCAUCUGUGACCAGAGUGGUAGGGUGAUUCAACAGGACGGCCAAAGUGUACAGUUCUGGCAACCCCACAUGGAAGGGCAGGUGGUCCAAGCAAUGGUGACCCCAAGGCCCAUACCAAGCUCUGCUUCUGAGAUGUCCUUGAAAAACAGUGAGAAUCAGUUGGGGUCCAGGAUCAUGAAGAAGCAAAACUCUAUGCCUCGUCUUAGGGAUGGAUCGGAGGAGGAGCUGGUGAGGAGGAUUGCAGAUAGCUGCGUGCAGACGGACGAUGAAGAGGGUGAGGACAGGUACAUGAACCGCAGGGGCAGGAGAACCAGGCGGAUCGCCGACUGCAGCGUCCAGACAGACGACGAGGAUCAGGCAGCUUGGGAGCAACCGGUUAGGCGCAGGAGAUCACGCUUAUCCAAACAUUCAGACUCUAGCGGCGAUGUCAAAUCCGAUGGAACCGCCAAAGUGUCCUCCUCCAGCAUAGCCAUUCAGACCACCAACGACUCCUCAUGCCAGACUGAGGCCGACCAGUUGGGCAGGAUCUCACCUGCAAUCCACAUCACUGAGGCUGAGACAAAUAAGGUGGAGCUGCUUCACUACAUCUCUGCCCCAGAGAGAACCCAUACGGGUGAGAGCUUGGCCUGUCAGACAGAACCGGAGGCCCAGUCUCAGGGGGUGGUGGCCCCUCAGCUCAGCGUCCCCACCACCAUCAGCCCAUAUUCCACCUCUAUGCAGAUGGUGGGCUCCACCCCACCUCCUCCCCAAGGGGUGGCUAAGUUCGAAAGGAGGAAACCCGACCCUCUGGAAAUCAACUACCAAAGCCAGCAGCAGAACGAGUCCCCGUCUCGCCAGCCUCCCAAGUCUCCCCAGGUGCUGUACUCCCCUGUGUCCCCGCUGUCGCCCCAUCGGAUGCUGGAAACCACCUUCGCCUCCCAGGAGAAGCUCAACAAGGCGCACGUCACGCCCCAGCAGAAAGCUUUCACUGCAGAGUCUCCUCAGCGUCACCAGAGCCUCCCCAGACCUAUCAAGAGUGUGCAGCGCUCCAUGUCGGACCCCAAACCCCUCAGCCCCACCUCAGAAGACCCUGCCAAGAACAGGUUCUCCCCUUACCAUCAGCAGGCCCUCUCCAACAGUCAGAUGGCCACCCUGCAGCAGCAGCAGAACUCUCUGAUGAGAAAGGUGAAGAGGACCCUACCCAGCCCACCUCCAGAGGAGAGCCCUCCCCCCAUCGUCACCCCAGCCAUGUCCCACAUGUACAGCAGCUCCCCGGGGAUGCAGCCCCAGAGGGUGCUGCCCAGGCCUGCCCAGGGGGUCACCAAGGCCGGCCUGCUGAGCGAGCUGAAGGCCGUGGAGCAAGAGUCCACCAAGCUCCGCAAGCAGCAGCAGGAGCUAGAGGACGAGGAGAAGGAGAUUGACGCCAAGCUGCGGUACCUGGAACUAGGCAUCCAUCAGCGCAAGGAGACCCUGGUGAAGGAGAGGGAGAGGAGGGAGCUGGCCUACAUGCGCUGCAUGGGCGACGCCCGCGACUACAUGUCAGACACCGAGCUCAAUAACCUGAGGAUGGUGGCGGCCACGGGAACAUUCGACGGUAAUGGUCUGCUGACGAGGCCCAGCACGGCGCCACUGAGCCAGUUCCCCAACGACCUCGGCCCAGCCUCCCAGUACCCGCCCACCUCCUCCUACAUGGCCUAUCAGUACCCACAGAGCCAGCCCACGCCCACACAGCAGCCAACCGCUGCUUACCAACAGAUCGGUUUCCAGCCCCCUCAAUACCCUAUAGCCUCCCAGCCCCAGCCAGGCACCUUCCAGCCCCACCCACCCCAAGGCCCAGGCUACCAGACUCAGCCAAGCUACCCAGCCCAAGGGGGCUACGGCCAGACUUCCUACCCGACAGACCUGGGCAUGCAGCAGCAUGGCCACCAGGGUUUCCAGCCUCCCAACCCCUCUAUCCCGGGCCAGAACCUCCCCUACCCAGGCCAGAGCCCAUAUUCUGGCCAGGGCAUGUCCUUCCUGCCGCAGGCUGAGAUCCUCACGGUCCACCAGAGGCCUCAUCAGACCUCCUUGGCUGACCUGGAACAGAAGUUGCCCACCAACUACGAGGUGAUCAGUAACCCUGCUGUGUCGGUGGCCACAUCAGCUCCAGACACAGGCUUUGGCUCAGUCUAUGCCUCCAACACCAUGCCCAAUGCCUAUGGGCAGUACCGCCCCCCGGACCCAGUCCUGACACACGGUGUGGAUAGCCCCACGUCGUCCUACGCUGCAGACGGCCUCUACACCGCAAACCUGGAGCAGAACAUCCCCAGGAACUAUGUCAUGAUCGACGACAUCAGCGAGCUGACCAAAGAGAACACAGGCUCGUCUGUUGACGUUCUGGGACAUCCUGUUGCAGGACGCUAUGGUGAGAAUGGCCCUGCGCACCAAACUGGCUAUGGCAAUGAGCCUGUGGACCCGUACAUGUCUGCAGGCACCACAGGCUACCACCAGCAGGGCUCUGUGGACCCCCGGACCAGCACCACUAUAGGUGGUGGGGGAUCUUCUUAUUACUAUGACGACUAUAAUAAACACCCCAGCACAACACGCCCGGGAACCCAGAAACACCCAUCCAAGAACCUGGCUCCCGCAGUUGUCUCCUCCGGUAAGCGCAGCAAGCACAGAAAGCAGGGCAUGGAGCAGAAGAUCUCCAAGUUCUCCCCCAUCGAGGAGGCACGGGACGUGGAGUCCGACCUGGCCUCUUACACCAUGACCACCUCCACCGGCGGCAGCUGCACUGUGGUGUCUCGGUCCGGGGUGAAGAAGAGCGGUUACGACCAGCGGAAGUACUAUGGUGGCCACCCGGGAAGCCGGGAAGCCCUGGAAGAGGAGGACCGGAUGUACGGCUCGGGGAGGUCCCGGUCUACUGGCUAUGGCAUGGACAAGAUCUCCUCCAGGGACUCCUCCAGGAGCAAGUCCUACGAGAGGGAAGCCAUGGAGCGGUCUCAGAGAGGCGGUGGCGGACGGCCCGGACUGCGCACCCAUAACUCGGAGGAGGAGAGUCCCCUCAGCCCCGUGGGGAAGCCUGUGGGGGUCGGACGAGGUGGCACAGGGGUACCAGUGGACCCCCAUGACGUGAGGAACCAGUAUGGCUCCAGCCACUCCCUGCCGGAUGUCCAGGACCACCACAUGAAGGACCUACCCAGGAGCCACGUGUACAAGCCAGAUGACCCAUAUCUCGUAGACGAUCAGCACGCUGCUGUGUCGGACAGUGAAGCCUAUCAUCUGGGUCAGGAGGAGACGGACUGGUUUGAGAAGCCAAGGGAGGCUCGCUCCAACCGCUCCAGACACCAUGGGAGCGCAGGGCACAUCUCCACUGGUAGACAACAGACCGGCGCCAACGUGAAGCACACCUACCAUGACUAUGAUGAGCCUCCCGAAGAACAGGACCUGUGGCCUCAGGACGAGUACAACAACCAACCUCGCCACCCCUCGUCCACCUCAUCAUCCCGCGACCACCGUGGUCACCAAGGCAGCAGCGGCGGCAGCUCGGGGAGGCACUCCUCUUCCCGCCACUCCGGCGAGGAGCCUCGGACGUCCAGCCGCUCCUCCAGAACACACCCCAAAGACCAAUCCGCCCGCUCUGAGGGCCGUGGAUCCUCCUCCACCCAGAAGAGGGGAGGCUCGGAACCACGCUCCUCCCGGGAUGGCUACCGGGACCGGGACUCUGGAGACUACUCCUCUCGUGACCCGGCCUCCGGCCACCACCGCGAGGGCACCAGUGGCAGGGGUCAGAAGCCGCCAGGCUCAUCCUCCAGGAGACAGGAAGGGGUUCCUUCUGCAGGGGCCAAGCAGGGUCUGGGGCAACAGCCCCAGGGUGGUCCAGGCGGGCAGCACCAACAGCCCCAGGGUGGUCCAGGCGGGCAGCAGCAACAGCCCCAGGGGGGUCCAGGCGGGCAGCAGCAACAGCCCCAGGGGGGUCCAGGCGGGCAGCAGCAACAGCCCCAGGGGGGUCCAGGCGGGCCGCAGCAACAGCCCCUGUCAGGCAGACAGCCUGGAUCCCAGGGGCCAGACGGGGGCCAACCGGCCCAGCAGCAGCAACGUACCCAGCAGCAGCAGCCUUCCCAGACCAUAGCCGGGGGCCCUCAGGCCACUCCAGUCACUGCAGGCCCAAGACCCAUAGCAGGACCAGGGCCGGCACAACCGCAGGCUAAACCUGGCCAGACUCCGGCACAAGGCCGGCAGCCAGCCGGACCUACCGCAGGCCAGCCAACAACCACAGCCGUGACUUCUGCCACACCUGCAGCAGCUAUUGGAGGGAUGAAACCUGCAGCAACGAUUGGGGGGGCAGCAGCAGCACACCCACCCAAGACAGCUACACCACCACUCACAGGCAUCGGCUCUAAAGCAACUCCCCCUGGAGGGAUAGGUAGCCGGCCUGGUGGGAUCGGGAGUGCAGUGGCAGGCCAGCCCCCAGCAGAGGGCGUCAACGUUCUCACCAAUAUCCUGGGAGGGGCGGGAGGCGCAGCUGAACAGGCGGGGAAACUGGGAGAUGCUAUUUCUGGCCUCGGGAAGAAGUUCACUUCAUUUUGGUGAAUGGAAGAAAGGAGGGGUAUGAGGAGUUGCGAUGGAGGGGGAUUGGAGGCUUGGUACUAGAAAAAUCUAUGAAACUGUUUUCGGCAUUUUAUACAUUUCACUAUCACAAUGAAGCGGAGAAGGAGGAGGAGGGUACCUGAGUGCAUCAAUGCACCAGCAGAAUGCCAACGAGAGCCUACCUCACAGCUCCCGUAGGAGAGGGAAUGAAGAUACAAUCCUGUCUGUCUCACCUCCCUGUUUGUCUCUCUGCUUACUGAGAGAAAUAACACCUGAUCCAGGAACAGAACAGGGAGCUGUCACACACCGUAGGCUUGGCUUCCGCAUCACUCAGCUCAGAAGGACAACAACGGGGGAUGCUGCUUCUUCACCUAAAUCUCUGUCAUCUUGGAGAGCACACUGAGUUUCGUCAGAGCUCUCCCAUCACUCACUGUGGUUCUGUGAUUCUAAGACAAGGCCAGAUGGGAGCCAUUGUAGAAGGAAAUGUCACAUCUGGUCAAAAGUAGUGCACUAUAUAGGGAAUAGGGUGGCAUUUGUAAUGCAGACUCUGAGGAGUCCACAUCUGACCAGAAUCAUUCACAACUCCACACUUUUGUGGUCAGAGGGCCUUAUAACACCACCACCAUUAUAACACAGUGGAGGAGGGAGAUAGAUACACAGCUCAUAGGUUUUACUAGUACCAAAGAGACCUCUGCCAACUAUGACACUAACUACUACACUGGAGAAGGCAAGGCAAGACAAACAAACGGCGACAGACAAACAAACAAACAAUGCCCUGGUUAUGAACCACUUGAAUGCUUGGUUUCUAUGAUCUCUACAUUCCAGGGAACGAUGACCCUUUCUUUGAAUGUGUUUUUAUUUCUCCUCCACAUGUUGUGAUGAUAUGAUGUCUACAGAAUGCAACAUGUACAUGUGGACACUGGAAUGCACGUACAAUAAUAAUACAAAAAUAAACCCAUAUCUUCUUAACACUUUUUCACCACUACGUCCAGAAGAGGGUUCACCAGACAUUACUAGACGAGUAGGAUAAAGAGAGGAGAAGCUACCAGUGUGCCCACCAAUAGAAUGUGAGAUCCACACAGGAGAGAGGACCAGAUGGAACGCAAGCAAGCGUGACCAUGGCUGUCUUUUAGCCAUGGCAAAGCCAUCACUUGUCAAUCCCAGAGCACUUUGGGAUUUCUUUUUUUUAUAUAUAAAAAGUAUUUUCAUCUUGUUUAAUUUCUUAUCGUUUUUGCCUGAUAUUAUUCUGAAAAGAAGAGCCUUAUUCAGUACAUAUUUUUUACCUCAUAUGUUUUGAAACGUCCAUGUCAUACCUUUCUUAAUUUUGUUUUGCACAACUGUAUACUUUUGUAUGUACAUAAAUCUAUCGAGAACACUAAUGUAAAUGAUUAAUUUGUGUUUUUAUUCAUUUAUAUUCAUGUGACUUCUGUUUUUAUGUUUUAUGUUUUUGUUUGGUAAAUCUAUUUAUUUUAUGGUCUAUUGUUUUCCUAUUUAUUAUCUUACAUUUGAAUAAUUUUCUGGUUGAUUUAAAAGCAAUAGCAUGCAUAAAAUGAUAUACAGCACAUUGGUGUUAAUGUUGUUUAAAUUCAUGGAUGGGAAUAUCUGAAACAUGUUGAUAAACAUCAGCAAUAUGUCAGAGAGAGUUGCACAACUACACAUACACACCUAAAUUCUCUAUGUUUACACUUACUCACACAGAGACAUACAUGCAAUCAAGCAAACACACACACAUGCAGGAGUGGCUGGAAGCAAUCAUUAUUUUAGGGUACGGCCCGAACAAUGUUAGACCAAUCAUCAUUUCAAAUGUUCUAUGCAAUGAUUAAUUUUGAAACUGGAACAGACAAAAAACUAAGUUUAAUUCCAUAAUGACCAAUGUUACUCACUAGAAUCCAACAACAUUGUGAACUGAAAGACAUCAAAAACCGUUCUGAACAUAUUUGUACUUUGCUAAUUGUAUUUAUGGAUCUGAAUAUUUAACUAUUGAAUGUAGACUUUUAUUUUCGUGGCAUGUUUUAUAGUACCCCAUUACUCCCCAUAUGGGGGGACUUGUUGCCAAAGGGUUGACUGUGUAGACUGUCAGUCAUGAAUGUCCAUCUUAAUGCUUGAAGCAUGAUUUGCUUGGCUUUGUCCGGCUGUUUGUAUGCUCUCAUUCAGUCCUGGUGUGUGUGUGGCUUGACCAGGGCCCCACUGUGCCAUGGCGUUUUCAGCUGUCCAGUCCGUGCUGCUAUACAAACCUGUGAGGCGGUUGGUCAGGAAUUCUCAUUAUAAAAUGUCAGUCAGUGUGCGCAUCGGCUGUCAGUGUAUAACCUGAAGGGUGGAGGAUUCAUUUCAGGUAUCUGAUUGGUUGAUCAGACUGUACAACAAAUAGAAUGGUUCCUUAUGUCUCUCUGCAUUAGGAAUGGCAUCAUGUAGUAAUAGAUUAUGAGGGAAACAACUUGAUGGGCUUUGAAGCCACUAAAAGUUGCAUACAAAGAACAACAUCAAGGUAUCAUUAGUAGUUGGAGGAACAAAUGGGAGAAAUCCUAACCUCCACUUAGUCAUGCAUUGCAUUUUAAGUUGAAGUUAGGAUUCGCCCUUAGAUGAACAGUCUAGAACUCAAUCAGUGGACCACUGAACCUUCCAUAUCCAAGGCUAGUCUAGAGGGAAUCUAGAGGGUACCACAGUACUGUCAAUCAGGUCAGAGAAACACAACAUUCUGCUGAGCCCAAGUCAAUCAUUCAUCCAAUCAGGGCAUGUUAUAAUUAAAGCACAAGCCUGACUGGUAUGUAAAGACAGAAAUAUAACACCAAUAGCAUAUGUGUUAUUGAUUUCAAGGAGAGGUAAAAACAAAUGUGUUAUCUCACAGUAAUAAUAUAAAUGAGAGUGCAGGAUGAAUCCAAAGAGGGGCCUUGGUAUAGAUAGCUGCGAGCUCACCAUCUUUAUGGAGACGUUGUGGUCGAUAAGAGAAGCAUGUGACCAGACAGCCUUCACUGACUGUAGCUGUCCAAAUGGACAGACAGACACACAAACACACAUUCUCACUGUAAAUACAGAUGGAUUCUUCUGUACAGCGUUUGAGUUCAUAGUACGGUCGUCUUGUGCAUUCCCACACCGUACUUGCUGCCAACUUUUGUGCUUUUGUGUAUAAAAUAAUAUUUAUUCUAAUUAAAUAACAUGAUUAUGAAUAUAAUGAUGAAAUAAGCAUAGUGUAUCUGGCUGGCUCGUAUUGACUGUUGGCAACAUUGGAAUAAACUUGUAUUCAGAUACAUAUUCGGUCUGUGUAGAGUUUCUAUACAUAUUGUGUUUGUAAAACAAGGAGAAAUACCUCCAUGGUAAAAGUUUAUCCAGGCGUUCUAUUGUCAUUCUAUCGGGAGGUUUCAACGUUGAUGAGAAAUGAUACAUUUUUUAAAAAGAGAUUGAAAUAAGAGGAAAAAGCUCAUUGAAAAUGGAACAAAAAAAUCCAGAAAAAGUCUAACUCAAGUCAUUCACUGUUGUAAGUGCAAUGGGCGAAACGUCAGUCGUGUAUCCAUUGUGAAACCUUGUGUUCUAUUCAGUGUAUUCCUGUAGACAGAUAGAGUAACAUUUUGGUGCAUCAUGUCAUGUAAUGUGAUUAAUGAAAAUAUUGACCCUGCGAUUUCUUUCCAAUCAGGAAAAAUAAUAAAGAGAAAAUCAAGAAUC